AUGAUCGAUUAUUUUGAAAAGAAUGGAGCGCACCAGUGUCCGAAGGAUGUUAAUCCCGCUGAAUGGAUGCUUGAAGUUAUCGGUGCUGCUCCAGGCUCUCAUGCUGACCAAGAUUAUCAUGAAGUUUGGAAAGCCUCUAAAGAGUGUAAGGCAACACAGGCAGAACUGGAAUGGAUGGAAAAAGAGCUCGUAAAAAAGUCGCAGGACAAUUUUGAACGGGGCGAGUUUGCUUCUUCUCUUCUAUUUCAAUACUUUUUUGUAACGAAACGGUUGUUUCAGCAAUAUUGGCGCACGCCGUCUUAUUUGUGGUCCAAAGCAAUUUUGACUCUGUUUUCGCAAAUAUUCAUUGGUUUCACUUUCUUCAAAGCGGACAGAUCUUUACAAGGUCUGCAAAAUCAAAUGUUGUCUGUUUUCAUGUUUACGGUGGUUUUCAACCCUACUGUGCAGCAAUACCUUCCAACAUACAUUUCCCAAAGAGAUUUGUAUGAAGCAAGAGAACGGCCUUCUAAAACGUUCUCCUGGAUUGCCUUCAUCCUCUCACAAAUAACUGUCGAGAUUCCAUGGAAUUUCACUAUUGGUACACUUGGCUUUUCCUGUUACUACUACCCUGUAAGUUUCUACAGAAACGCGUCUUUUGCUAAUCAAUUACACGAGAGGGGGGCUCUUAUCUGGCUGUUUUGUACCGCAUUUUAUGUUUUUACUGGAUCUAUGGCCCAACUUUGCGUCGCUAGCCAGGAGGUUGCUCAAUCUGCUGGUCAUAUAGCAUCAUUGUUGUUUGUUUUGUCUUUGUCUUUUUGUGGCGUGAUGGUUACACCCAACAACAUGCCUGGAUUUUGGAAAUUCAUGUAUCGGGUCUCACCCUUGACAUAUUUUAUUGAUGGCGUGCUUUCUACAGGUAUUGCAAACUCAAAAGUCGAGUGUUCGGAUUAUGAAUUUGUUACUUUCACGCCACGUUCCGGCCAAAACUGUGGUGAAUAUAUGGCAUUAUACAUUGACGCUGCGGGCACGGGCUAUAUAAAGGACUCUGGCGCUACAGUCAAGUGUUCAUUUUGUCCAGCUUCUUCCACGAAUGCUUUUCUAAAAAUGGUGAGCUCAAAUUAUAGCCAUAGAUGGAGAAACUAUGGUAUAUUUUUGUGUUACAUUUGUUUCAAUAUUUUUGCAUCAGUGUUUUUGUACUGGCUCGCAAGAGUUCCUAAGAGAAAGGCUGGCAGCUGA